AUAAGCGAAAUGUAACGAAGAUCACGUCAGCAGGACGCGUCGAGAGCAGCUCUCAAAGGGUGCGGUGCCUGGCGGUUGCCAUGGCAAUAGUUGAGUCAGCGAGACCACUGUCUCUUUGCGUGGGUAGAAUUGGGUUUUUGAGCGAGUUGGUGGGUGAGUUAGAUGAUGAUGUGUGUGUGUUUGUUUGUCUGACCUUUUGACUCUUUCGACCGUACAGCCGAAAGGUGCGAAUUGGUCAGGCGAGCAACGGAACUACAGUGUCACUUAUCUAACACGAACGGAGCUAAACUAAAAUAAUGGGAUAUCUUUAAUAAUUUGGGAUUGCUUUUUACCUAUCGAAUUCUAUUCUGCCUAGACAAAAUAGUUUAUAAAGGACAUUAUCGAAACUUUCAAUUUAACAUUUUGUAUAAUAAAGCCCAUCUUCUUAGCUCCCUAAACAAGAUAUUUGUUGAUCUAAUAAAGUCAUUUUAACAUAAUGCGCACAUCUCCCUAUAACUCAGUUUAGUAUACACUUUCCAUAGUGAAGAGAGGUAAAGCUGCCAUAGAGAGGUUCCACUAGUCAAUGAAAUUGCUCUCGGACGAUCAUCUCUUGGGUCAGCCCUGGGCUUCUGUCGCACUAGUUCAUUGAACCGAGCGACCCAUCCGCUGGCUGAUUCGAGCAACAGCUCUCUCUCGCCCUCCCCCGCUGCCUUUGCGCUGCUGCUGCCCUUACAGCAGCAUUACCAGACACACAAGAGAGGGCAACCCUGCCGACGCCAUGUAAACGGCGGCAGGAGCUUAGGGGGUGGCAGUGCCGCGCGUUUAACCCUUAAGCGGUGCCAAGUCUGCUUGUUCCCAGAACCCUCGGCCGCCGCGUUAAUGUUUUUUUCGCAAAAGGGAAAUAUUACAACUUGUUUGGCUAAGGGUGGGUCUCAUGCCUGCUGCUCAUUUUUAGUUUUGUUCCAAGGGGUGCGAGUCAGUCGAUUUCUCGCAUAUCCUGGCCGGCCGCCCCCUGUUAGACCUCCUGAUGCCGCCGCAUUACAUAACUGGGCGGGGUGUGUAUGUAUGUAUGUACAAACACACACACAAAGGCAUACGCAGAGAGCUGUAACAGUUUGCCAAAAAGAAAUGCGAGGAGGCGGAUGUGAAGAGUGGAAGAGAGAGAAAGAAAGAGAGAGAGAGCCAGAGAGCGGCUAAAGCGAGAAUCCUGGCGAGAAGGUCCUGCGCUCGCCUCAGAAGCAUCGUGUGCCUGGGACGCAGCGGAUCUGGUCUCGCCAUCAACGCUCGCUCUAGAAACCUUUAACCAAACCGAAAUAAAACGGUGUCGCUUGAACGGAAACAAAAUCAAAGGCGACCGCUAAAACAAAAGCCAACGGAAAGCACAUAAAUCAGGGAAACCCAAAGCAGAAGCGGCGAAUCCAGUAAAGUUCAGUUCAUCAGUUUGCCGAGUGGACUUUAUAAUGGCAAACACAGGAGCAGGCGGCGGAGUGGACACACAGGCGCAGCUGAUACAGAGCGCGGCGGCUGCCGCGGCAGUGGCGGCAACCAAUGCGGCCGCCGCACCCGUACAGAAUGCGGCCGCUGUGGCCGCCGCUGCCCAGUUGCAACAGCAGCAGCAACAAGUUCAGCAGGCAAUACUGCAGGUGCAGCAACAGCAGACACAGCAGGCGGUGGCCGCGGCAGCGGCGGCCGUUACCCAACAGCUCCAGCAGCAGCAGCAAGCGGUGGCCGCCCAGCAGCAGCAGCAGCAGCAACAGGCUCAACAACAGCAACAACAGCAGGCAGCAGCGGCGGUGGUACAACAACAGGCUGCAGCGGCGGCAGUAGUGCAGCAGCAAGCGGCCGCAGUCCAGCAAGCCGUGGUGCCCCAGCCCCAACAGGCGCAGGCCAAUACCAACGGCAAUGCCGGAGUCGGCGGUGGCGCCCAGAAUGGCAGCAACGGCAGCACAGAGACCCGCACCAAUUUGAUCGUGAACUACUUGCCGCAAACGAUGACCGAGGACGAGAUCCGGUCGCUCUUCUCCAGCGUCGGCGAGAUCGAGUCCGUGAAACUGAUACGCGACAAGUCGCAGGUCUACAUCGAUCCGCUCAAUCCGCAGGCGCCCAGCAAGGGCCAGAGCCUGGGCUAUGGCUUCGUCAACUAUGUCCGGCCGCAGGAUGCCGAGCAGGCGGUAAAUGUGCUCAACGGCCUGCGUCUGCAGAACAAGACCAUCAAGGUGUCGUUCGCCCGGCCUUCGUCGGAUGCCAUCAAGGGCGCCAAUCUGUACGUUUCGGGGCUGCCGAAAACGAUGACCCAGCAGGAACUGGAGGCCAUCUUCGCGCCCUUCGGUGCAAUCAUCACAUCGCGCAUACUCCAAAAUGCCGGUAACGAUACCCAGACGAAGGGCGUCGGCUUCAUACGGUUUGACAAGCGGGAGGAGGCCACCCGGGCCAUCAUUGCCCUUAAUGGCACCACUCCCUCAAGCUGCACGGAUCCCAUUGUGGUCAAGUUCUCCAAUACGCCGGGCAGCACCAGCAAGAUCAUCCAGCCGCAGCUGCCCGCUUUCCUCAAUCCGCAGCUGGUGCGACGCAUCGGAGGCGCCAUGCACACGCCCGUCAACAAGGGCCUGGCACGAUUCUCGCCCAUGGCCGGCGACAUGCUGGACGUGAUGCUGCCAAACGGACUGGGCGCGGCGGCGGCAGCUGCCACGACGCUGGCCAGCGGACCGGGCGGUGCCUAUCCGAUAUUUAUAUACAACCUGGCACCCGAAACGGAGGAGGCAGCGCUGUGGCAGCUCUUCGGUCCCUUCGGGGCUGUGCAAUCGGUGAAGAUCGUCAAGGAUCCAACAACGAACCAGUGCAAGGGCUAUGGCUUCGUCUCGAUGACCAACUACGACGAGGCGGCCAUGGCCAUUCGGGCCCUCAACGGCUACACCAUGGGCAACCGGGUGCUGCAGGUCAGCUUCAAGACCAACAAGGCCAAGUAGGGCGGCGGCGACGCGGGAUUGGAAAUGGGAACGUCAGAGACAGAGACAGAGACAGAGACAGAUUUUGUCCCCUCGAAUCGUUUCGGAACACCACACACGCAGCACUCGAAACACACACAACACAACACACAUAUAUAAAUAUGCAUGGUAUAACGGUAACUAAGCGCAACAACAAAACAGUAUGUGUAAAACACACACGAAAAACAACAAACAAUUGAAAGAGAAAGAAAGAAACUAGGGGUCAGCGAAGGCAGGACGAACAGGAGUCAGGCAUAAGGCUAAGGCAGUAGGCAUUGGGAGAAGAAACUCUCUCUUACACGUGUCGAGACACAACGAAACACGACGGUGCAGCAACCAAGUCCCCUCGCCAAUCUCCCCAUAAGAAAUCCAAACCCCGAGGUCCCUGAGAACCCAGAGAACCCAGAGAAAGCGCCGGCCAAAAGCGUUGCAAUAGCAAAAUUCUUCUUGUUUAGCAUUUAAGUAACGAAAAUCAUAAACUAAAAACAAAAAAAAAACUAAGAAACCAAAAAUUAAGAAGAAUGAACGCUGCUUUUUGAAAGAGAGAAGAGGGGGAGAGUGAGUGGAGAAAGCAGGAGGACUGAGGCAAAGGAUAAUGAAUAAUGAGAUUAUAAGGAACAAUUGCAAUAUAUAUAAAACAUAAAAAAAAAUGAGAAAACUCGAACUCUCGGGCAGCUCUGGUUCUUGGCAGCCGCCGUCAAAAUGAGUCACAAAAGCGAAACAAAGAAAUCAACACACAAAAACUACUAAGAAAAUUUAACUUAACUUAGCGAAAAAAAAAACAACAACAAACAAACAAAAAGUAAAGGGAAAACGAGAAAUUUUAAAAAUUUAAACUUACACCUAAGGUAAAAUGCAGCAAUGAAAUCUUCCAAACAACAACAACAAAAAAAGCAACUCUGUUAGUUACACUCCAAAAAAAAAAAAAAAACAAAAAACUUUUCUACCAUAUAUUAAAAAAAAAAAAAAAAAAAAGAAACAAAACGAAAUCUAGAAAACUCGAUAGAAAAACGAAAGAAACCCCAAUGAAAAGAGGAAAAUAGGGACAGAAAUAAGACACUAUGUAGUGUCUAGGAUGCUCACAGGACAUGCGUUCGGCACCCUGGGGGGAGUGGCGGCGGCGGAUCAAGUAUUCAUAAAGUAAUAGAAUAUAUAUAGUUAUUGAUAACAUGGAGGCUGCUACAGUAUUACCACACAAAAAAAAAAGCUACUUAAAAACGAAGAUCGAAGAUAUUUAUAUAUAUCCCAGAUAUAUAUACAUAGGUGAUGCAAUUCUAUAUAUAUAUUACCUAUUUUAUAUAGACAUUUAAUAUUGAAUUCUUUCAUCGAUUGUGUUUUUUACAUAUUUAGACGAGAAACUAGUAUCGAACAGCCGCAUCCCCAGACGAACUCCUGUCCUUUGAGUCCGGUCUCUCGCAUAGACAACAUUUAUAUAGGAACGAAUAGCGAAAA